UGCUGAACAGAUCAGAGCAGGCAAAUGUAGCCACCCACCUCUAGGAGGAAAACUGAGCCGCAGCCCUGGUGAAACAUAAAGUUUAUUCGACUAAAGUGACGCAAAAAAUUCUUAAAGAGCUCUUUGGCAGCAGAUUAUCUGGAAAUCAGACCAUGUGAGGGGGACUGGGGUACAAAAAGCUCCCCAGGAUGCUGAGCUGGCCACAGGCUGAGGUAAAUGUGGCUGAAGGGGACUCGAGCAAGGGCAGCGCUCCGGACCGACCCCGCACACAGAUGGUGCUUGUGCCUUCAAUCUGAUGGAUUUAAGUAUGGAAGAGGAAUUCUAAAAGUGCUGGGAAUAAAGGUGUGGGAAGACAAACCCCGAAGGGACCCUGUGGUGCUGCCUGUCUGCAAGUGACCAGAACCAAUCUCAGCAAAAAUGGAAAAAAAGGCCACGAGCAAUGAGACAGAGCCCCUGACUUCCAAGAAAGAUGCCUCAGACUGCAGCAAAGGAGAAGACUGCAAAGAGAACGGACUUCUGGUCAGGAACCCUAAACCUGCCCUGCGGCUGGUGGAGGACGGCAACAAAGUCCAGCCGAGCCAGGGGGACAAAGGGGAGGCAGCUCAGAUCUCCAAUGGUUUUUCGGGGGUUCAAAGCUCAGCUCCCUGCCAUGCAGAGGGGGAGGAUGCCCAGGGCACGGCCCCAGCAGCCACCACCACCACCACGUCCACCACCUGCGGGGCCGAGGCUCAGCAGCAGCUGAUGGAGCUGGAGGACAGGGAGACCUGGAGCAAAAAAAUUGACUUUCUCCUCUCUGUCAUUGGAUACGCAGUGGAUCUGGGAAAUGUGUGGAGGUUUCCUUACAUCUGCUAUCAGAAUGGAGGAGGGGCAUUCCUCAUUCCUUACACAAUCAUGGCUCUCUUUGGAGGGAUUCCUCUCUUCUAUAUGGAAUUAGCACUAGGACAGUACCACAGGAAUGGCUGUAUUUCCAUUUGGAGGAAAAUAUGUCCUAUAUUCAAAGGAAUUGGCUUUGCCAUCUGUAUCAUAGAUCUUUACGUAGCCUCCUACUACAACACCAUCAUGGCUUGGGCUUUUUACUACCUCAUCUCCUCCUUCACGGCGGAGCUGCCCUGGACCAGCUGCACAAACCCCUGGAACACAGGAAACUGCACCAACUACUUCAGCAAGGACAAUGUCAGCUGGUCCCUGCACUCCAUCUCUCCUGCAGAAGAAUUUUAUACCCGCCAGGUGCUGCAGGUGCACAGGUCCAAUGGGCUGGAUGACCUGGGGGGCAUUAGCUGGCAGCUGACCCUCUGCUUGCUGCUGAUCUUCACCAUUGUGUACUUCAGCAUCUGGAAAGGGGUCAAAACAUCUGGCAAGGUGGUUUGGGUGACUGCCACGUUCCCUUACAUCAUCCUCUUCAUCCUGCUCGUGAGAGGUGCAACUUUGCCUGGGGCUUGGAGGGGUGUCCUCUACUAUUUGAAACCUGACUGGCAGAAACUCCUGGCCACUGAGGUUUGGGUGGAUGCAGCAGCUCAGAUUUUUUUCUCCCUGGGACCAGGUUUUGGGGUCCUGUUGGCUUAUUCCAGCUACAAUAAAUUCCACAACAACUGCUACCAAGAUGCUCUGGUCACCAGCACCGUGAACUGCUUGACCAGCUUUGUGUCUGGGUUUGUCAUCUUCACCGUGCUGGGGUACAUGGCUGAGAUGAGGAAUGAAGAUGUCUCAGAGGUUGCCAAAGACACUGGACCCAGCCUGCUCUUCAUCACCUAUGCAGAGGCCAUUGCAAACAUGCCAGCUUCCACCUUCUUUGCCAUCAUCUUCUUCCUGAUGCUGCUCACGCUGGGCUUGGACAGCACGUUUGCAGGACUAGAGGGAGUGAUUACUGGAGUCCUGGAUGAAUUCCCACACGUCUGGGGCAAACGCAGGGAAUUGUUUGUCCUUGGUCUGACCAUCAUUUGCUUUUUGGGGUCACUGGCAACCCUGACAUUUGGAGGAGCAUACGUGGUGAAGCUGUUUGAGGAAUAUGCCACGGGCCCAGCUGUCCUGACCGUCGUGUUCCUGGAGGCAGUGGCUGUGUCCUGGUUCUAUGGCAUCACCCAGUUUUGCAACGAUGUGAAAGAAAUGCUGGGCUCUGCCCCAGGCUGGUACUGGCGAGUUUGCUGGGUUGCAAUUAGUCCCCUUUUCCUUCUGUUCGUCACUUGCAGCUUUCUGUCCAGCCCUCCUGAGCUGAGGCUUUUUGAUUAUGAUUAUCCCUACUGGACCACAGUUGUGGGUUACUGCAUAGGAACCUCCUCCAUCAUCUUCAUUCCCAUCUACAUGGUCUAUCGCUUGGUCAUCACCCCAGGGACACUUAAGGAGCGUAUUCUGAAAAGCAUUACUCCAGAAACAGCGACAGAAAUUCCCUUUGGAGACAUCCGCAUGAACGCAGUAUAAGCUGACCUGGUUCUGGGGAGGGAAGAGGAGCACAAAAUGUCACUUUUCCCCCCUCUCCCCCCAAAGAACCUCCUUUCCAGCUGAGACAACAAACAGUUUUCCACGGAGGCUGCACACCACUGGCACCAUUGGGAAAGGUGAUGCCUCCAGCACGUUUAUCCAAGCAAUUCAAUGACAUCUACUGUGCACUUCCAAGCAGGCUGGACUGAGCACUCACUGUGGAACACCAGGGAACAUCCCUGCUCCGGGAGUGGCACCGAGUGCCUGCAGCAGCCCCUCCAGGACGAGCAAGGCACGGCAGGAUUAGGUGUAGACCCCCAGUGUGUGGCAGUGCUCCUGUGUCUCCUCCCUCCGUGUGAUCGUUCGUACCGGGCAAUGUCGUAUUCGCUUCUAAGGUUCUCUACUUGCUUCAACUACAUGGGAAAAUGCACAAAUAUUUCUGAUAGCCAUACAUUACUCGAGUAACGCAGGGGUUUAUAAACUAGGAAAACAAAAAUAGGACGUUCCCUAGGUUUGUGGUGGAGUAGACAGAGAGGAAAAAAGCUGAGCAGCACAGCUCUGCACACAUCAGCACACACAGCUGGUAGCACCGGCCUCGUGUUCAUUUCCUCUGGUUUGUAGGUGGUAACAAUUUCUACUGUUUCUUGCAUAAAAAAAUCACAAAAAUUAUUUUUUGUGAUGUUUGAGGCAUCACUUUCCUUUAGACCCAAUCAAGCCACAAAAACUUAUCGUGAGUUACUUGACAAGCACUUAAGUUGCCAGCACUUACUGUACUGUUUCCAUAACCAAUCAUUGUCCUGGCAGAGCUACACAAACUACAAACCAACAAUGAAUCUUUUUGAGUUCUCAUGCCAAAAAGUGCAGUCUUAAAGAUCUCUUUCUCUGCUUCACUUCCCUUUUUUUUUUUUUUACAGUUAAUUUCACACUUAAAAUUUGCUGGAGCCUGUGGGGUUUUUUCCCUCCUCUUUCCUAGUACAGAAGUAAAAUUUAGAAUAAUCCUUUUGGCUGGCUGACAAAAGUACAUUUACAACUACCCAAACCUACUUUGAAGGUUUAGUAGCUCAUACUCUGAUGUGACUGCAUUAGGUUUUCAAGCUGAAGAAGAAAAAGAGAGGAUUUUUUUUUUUUUUUCUUAGCAAGAAGCUGAGUAGAGUUCAGCAGGACUGAUUCUCAUCAGAACACUUUAUAUUAAAUUUCAAGGUGUUGACACACAAAUUAACACCCAUGUCCACAUUAAGCUCUUUACAUGACAUGCACACAGGUGCUCCCCAAAUGCAGCUGCCCUGGCUCCUGGAGGACACGAGUUCUGCUGCAGUGGGAGUGCAGACAAACCCAGGAAGGCAUCAUUCCUGUACAAACUUGCAUUGUAUUUUUACUCUGGCACACAGAUGAUGAUGAAAGUAAAAUAAAAUAGAGGAUAAAAGGCUCUUUUGUAUCCCUUUGCUAAAGUUGCCAAGGUUCCCUGUGCAGCCAGAGCAGGGGGCAUUAAGGAACCUGUUGGAAUGACUGGGUAUGAAGCACUUGUCAGGUGAGAGGAAAGCAGGGAUGCUGUGUUUGCCUUCUGAAAACAUUGCCAUCCCCUCUGCCAAAGUUUUCCCCCUUUGUGUACCUAGAGAAAGGCCUCUUCCACUUCCACUUUGGAUAAUGACUUUUGAGUUCAUCUAAGUCUCAAUCCCAACUUCCAAUGAGGAAAUAACUGAAGAGGGACAAGGACUGUUCUUUCAGAACUGAGAUUCCUGAACUAUUUUUGAAAAGGGAAUAUGUUCUUUAAUUACCACUAGAAAAACACAAUAAAUCUAUCUUACUGGACAGCUACUCAUGUGAAAGUUUUGUAGCUUAAGCCUCAAGUGUAUUUGAAACCUACUUCCAAAAGUUAAAUUUUCUGAGUUCACUAACUGAAAAAAUACACAUGAAAUGUCACUGUAAGAUGAAUGAGGUAUUUGUACAUAUCCAACAACAAAGUGUGGGAAAUAAAGGAGAAAACCCUACCCCGUUUCUUUCCUCUUCAGACAGCAGUUCAGCGAACAAAAAAAAAACUUGCAAUUUUUAAGACACUGACACAGGAUAGACAUUGGCUCUCUGAGAGUUUCAGAGAGAUUUCCCAAGAAAUAUCACAUUUUCUAGUGAAUUAAGUCAGUCAGGAAACCCUGAUAGAAACACAAGCCCUGCAACAGCUGAAAUGUGAGACCAAUGUGCUCUGAGUCCUGAGAUACUGAGAGAGGAUGAAAACUCUUAGAAUUAUUUAAUGAUACAAAAAGCAAUGUAGAUUAAAAAGGCUUUUCUCUUCCUGAAUAGUACGAAGAUAAAAUACAUCCAUGUUUUCAUUCUAUAAAUGCUGAACUUGAAAGGCAGUUUAGUUCUCAUUACUUUUUUGUUACAGGGUGUACUAAUUCAAGUAUCUUAUUAUGGUAAGUUCAUUUUUUAGUAAUUCUAUUUAGCUGAGUGGUUGAAAUAUUGAGAAAUUGAUUUAUUUAUACAAUUCUUUUUUUUUUUUAACACAUCCCCAUCUGAAAACAUGUAAAGCAACCAAUAUUUAUCAGGUAGCUCAGCAAGUAGCCAUACCUUAAACACUGGUUUUGUACAGAAAUUACUUCUAUUGAAACCAAAUGAACUGCACUGCAGUUACAAAGUGUUUUGAGGCAUAAAAAUUCCUUCAGCUCACCUUCCACUCAUCUACCACAAGUAUAUCCUACCCUCUGUUCUGAACAGUGAAAAGGAAGUCAUGAAACUGGUAAAUUAGGACCAUCUUUGCCUUUUAAAGAGAAUUAAACUGGAGUUUUAGCUGUACAGAACUAAGUAUUCCCUCCAACUUGUACAUGAUGCACCUGUAUUAAUUUAUGCAGCUGUUUAGUUACAAGUGUUGCAAGCUGAUUGUAAGUCAUCAGUAUGUGCCUUGUACUGUAAACUGUUACUGUAAUAAAUUUAAUAUUCAUAAAUCA